CGUGCUGCUGUGUCCAGCGGCGGGAAGAGAAAGACGCCUUCCGUCUUCCUCCGUCCCUUCCUUUUUAUCUCUCACCGUCACUUCUCUCGCCUCGAAACCCUAAUGGUGGAUCUGUGCUCCCGCCACCCUCUGCAACAAACACAAAUGCACGGUGGAGAAUGACUCCUCCUCCUCCUCCUUACCGAGAUCACCACCAUUCCCGGCCAGAAUGGCUUCUUGUACAAUCUACAUGCUUUUACCGUUCUUCUUCAUCCUCUUCUUCCGUGCGUCGGCCACGACGGACCCCGGCGACGUCGCCAUACUCCGGGCCUUUGAAAAGGGCCUGAAAAAUCCGUCGCUGCUCAAAUGGCCCGCAGAUUCCAGUGACCCCUGCGGGACCAAGUGGCCGAAUGUCUACUGCUCCGGCAACAGGGUGUCGCAGAUCCAGGUCCAGAAUUUCGGCCUGGUUGGCCCUCUUCCCCCUAAUUUCAACCAACUGACCGAGCUUGUGAAUCUCGGUCUCCAGCGCAACAAGUUCACUGGGCCACUCCCUUCGUUCAGCGGCCUUUCCAAGCUGCAAUAUGCCUACCUUGGCACCAACCAGUUCGACUCCAUUCCCGCCGACUUCUUCGAAGGCCUCACCUCCCUCCUUGAGUUUUCCCUCGAGGAUAUCCCCCUCAAUGACACUGAUGGCUGGACACUUCCUUCCUCCCUCAGCAGCGCCGCCCAAUUGCAGAAGCUUUUCCUCUCCGGCUGCAAUCUCGCUGGUCCGAUUCCCGACUUCCUUGGUAGUAUGGCCUCCCUCUCCAUCCUCGAGCUUGCCUACAACCGCCUUUCCGGUCCCAUUCCAUCCACCUUCAACGGCUCGCAGCUAGAGACGUUCUGGCUCAACAACCAGAACGGACAGGGGCUCUCCGGCCCAAUCGACGUCUUCGCCACCAUGUCCUCGCUGGAGCAGCUCUGGAUCCACGGCAACCAGUUCUCCGGCACCAUUCCGGCCGCGCUCGCUAUCUGCGUGUCCUUGCAGGACCUGAAGCUCAACGACAACAAGCUCGUCGGCCCGAUCCCUCCGGAAUUGGCGUCAAUGCCGGCGCUUCGGACUCUAUCCGUCGGGAACAAUAUGCUCACUGGACCGAUUCCGAAGUUGAAGACUGGGAAUUUUUCUUACAAUGGCAAUUACUUUUGCCAAAGCGAGCCCGGGACACCCUGCGCGCCUGACGUCGCUGCCCUUUUGGAUUUUCUCGGUGGGGUGCUCUACCCGGAGAAUCUCGCGACCAAGUGGGCCGGAAACGAUCCUUGCUCCGGCGAGUGGCUGGGGGUUUCCUGCAAUCCAGGUAGCAAGAACGUCUCUGUGUUGAACCUUCAAAAUUAUCAUCUCAAUGGCACCAUUAGUCCUUCAAUCACGAAUCUCAGUUCCUUGAAAUAUGUUCUUCUCGCCCGAAACAAUUUGGGGGGGGUGAUUCCCCCAGGAUUGGCACAAUUGCCAUCGCUGCUCAAGUUGGAUGUUAGUUCGAAUAAUUUUCAGCCUCCGAUUCCGUCUUUCUCGAACAAGGUUCUGGUUCUCACGGAUGGUAAUCCACGUCUGGAUAAAAACAGUACCGGAGGUGGAGAUGGCGCGUUACCGCCUACUUCUGGUAGUUCGCCGCCUUCCUCUGGGGGUUCGCCGCCUUCUACCGGUGGUUCUACUCCAUCUUCUCAUGGUUCGCAGAGAAACCCCGCUGGGGGUGCUGGUAAUUCCAUCACAUCUGGUUGGAAAUCAAAAAAAAUAGUCGCCAUUGUUGCACCAGUUGUUGCCGUUGCAGGUUUGCUUGUUUUCCUUGUCCCGUCCGUUGUUUUCUGCGUUAUGAAGAAGAAGAAGGAUCAAACACCGAGCUCUUUUGUGGUUUAUCCAAGAUCUCAACUGGAUCCUGAUAAUGUAGUUAAGAUUGUUGUCGCCAACAAUUCGGAGGCUGCCAGGUCUGCUAUGAGUGUGAGCGGCACCCAGAAUAAGGGCAUCCUUGGUGAGGCACAGGUGAUAGAGGCCGGGAACCUCUUGAUCUCGGUUCAGGUUCUCCGGGGUGUGACGAGGAAUUUCUCUCCCGAAAACGAGCUCGGAAGGGGCGGAUUUGGGGUGGUUUACAAGGGUGUACUGGACGAUGGAACGAUGAUUGCAGUGAAGAGAAUGGAAGCUGCAGUGGUCAGCAACAAGGCAUUGGAUGAAUUCCAAUCGGAAAUUGCUGUGCUUUCGAAGGUCCGGCAUCGCCAUUUGGUUUCGCUACUUGGGUACUGCAUAGAAGGGAAUGAAAGGUUAUUGGUCUACGAAUACAUGCCGCAGGGCGCCUUGAGCAAGCAUAUCUUCCAAUGGCAAAAGUUGAACUUGCAGCCCUUGUCUUGGAAGAGGAGGCUCAACGUUGCACUCGACGUGGCUAGAGGGAUCGAGUACCUCCACAGUUUGGCCCACCAGAGCUUCAUACAUAGAGAUCUUAAGUCAUCUAAUAUUCUUCUUGGAGAUGAUUUCAGAGCAAAAGUUGCAGAUUUUGGAUUGGUGAAGCUUGCACCUGACGAAAAGGGUUCAGUGGCUACAAGACUUGCCGGCACCUUUGGUUACUUGGCUCCAGAAUAUGCAGUUACUGGAAAGGUCACCACUAAGGCAGACGUCUUCAGCUUUGGUGUGGUGCUUAUGGAGCUCGUGACUGGAUUGAUGGCAUUGGAUGAGGACAGAUCUGAGGAAAGCCGUUAUCUUGUCUCUUGGUUUUGGCAGAUCAAGACAAGUCGUGAAGCGCUUCUUGCUGCAAUUGACCCUGCAUUAGAUGUCACAGAAGAGACCAUCGAGAGCAUUUGCAUUGUUGCAGAGCUUGCCAGGCAUUGCACCUCAAGGGAGCCAAACCAGCGGCCAGACAUGAGCCAUGCUGUCAACGUACUGUCACCGCUUGUUGAGAAAUGGAAACCAACAGAUGAAGACGAAGACGAGUUUGAAGGAAUUACUUACGACAAGUCCUUACUUCAAAUGGUGAAAGUAUGGCAAGCCAGUGAUGGGGGUGCUGAGAAUAGUCUGACAGCAUCAGAUGACAGCAAGGGAAGUAUCCCGGCAAGGCCUGCUGGGUUUGCAGAGUCCUUCACCUCUGCUGAUGGCCGGUGAACUUUUAUGUUCUUUCACCCAAGGUGAUUAAGUCAUCUUUCUUCGGUACAUUAGUGUUGGGCUAGGUGUACAUAGAGACAAUAAGGUCUUAGUUCCCUUUGUCCUUCAGUCCUGGUGAUUCUAAUGUUCCUAGCAUCCUUUUCCUUUUUUGGUUUUUGAAAAAUUCUUCUUCACAUUGAGCCAUUUCUGUUGGGUUUUCCUUUGCUGUUUGAACAAUUACUUCCCCUCAAUGUCUCUUUGUUGUUUAUACCUUUGUACUGUGUUAUAUCAUAUGUCGUUUUAAUUAA